AUCAAAUGAAAAUAAAAUUGAAAAAUGUCCAUCUACCAAGACACCAACAAUAAAGGUGUAACUCACGGCUCCCUGAGGGUCGAGGGUUGAGGGUUGGCCAUCUGUUCAACCUCCUCUCAUAGAGUCAUAGUCCUUCCCUCCUCUUUUCUCUGCUCACACAAUUCUUCUCUCUCUAACUUUCCCAAAAUUCAAGCACUUUGGCGUGAACGCUUCCAUAUCACAUCACAACUCACUCAUCACAAAUCACAAUCCAAUCUCCUCUCUCUCAGAUUCGCUCUGCACUUUUUCUACUAAACUUAGCGUUUUCAUUUCUGCAUAAAUGUCUUUCAGUUUUCCCCUCUAUAUAUCUUCAUUUUAGGGUUUCUAACUUCCCCUUUCCAUGUCUAUCCGAGGCGUCGAUUUCAAAUGGUAUGAUGGAUUUUUCUUGUCCAUGCUCGCAACUAGUGUAAUUAUAGUGGCCAUCAACUGGAAUCGCUACCAUCUUUGUACUUAUCCUUUGCACAUUUGGAUUGUGGUUGACUACACCACUGUUUUUGUAUUCCGGCUUUUAAUGUUUUUGGACAAUGGGCUUGCAGCCGGAAUGGGAUUGGACUUUGGCUGGCAGCAGAGGUAUGCUCGCUUUUGUGGUAGAGUAGCAGUUCUCUCAUUCCUCUCUCUGGUGUUGUAUCCGUUUCUUUGGGCAUGGACUGUGAUUGGCACCUUGUGGUUCACCAAAGCCAAGGGUUGUUUGCCUGAAGAAGGUCAAAAAUGGGGUUUCCUGAUUUGGUUGAUGUUUAGUUAUUCAGGACUUUGUUGCAUUGCUUUCUUUUGUGUUGGGAAGUGGUUAACACGAAGGCAAAUUCAGAUGCUACGAGCUCAACAAGGGGGAGUUCCAAUAUCAGAGUAUAGGGUAUUGGUCGACAUGAUUCGUGUACCAGAUUGGGCAUUUGAAGCUGUUGGGCAAGAGAUGAGAGGCAUGGGCCAGGAUGCUGCUGCAUACCAUCCUGGGCUUUACUUGACUGCAGCACAGAGAGAAGCAGUGGAAGCUCUUAUCCAGGAACUGCCAAAGUUCCGGCUGAAGGCUGUUCCUACUGACUGCAGUGAAUGCCCUAUCUGCUUGGAGGAGUUCCGGGUUGGAAACGAGGUUCGUGGCUUACCUUGUGCUCACAACUUUCAUGUUGAGUGCAUAGAUCAAUGGCUCCGACUUAAUGUUAAAUGUCCCCGGUGUCGCUGCUCCGUUUUCCCCAAUCUUGACCUCAGUGCCUUAUCCAAUCUCCGUACUGACUCAGAACUGGAACGACAUUCAUCUACCAUGGUGACCACCACUCAAUAUGUCAGAGCCCAAACGCCUAGCCAAAGUUAUCGGUUGAGAUUACAUGGUUUGCUGCGCCCUGUUCGAACUGAGAAUGCAGGACCUGGUAAUGAACCAGAUAAUGCCUUGGAAGUUGCUGAAAAUGGGGGGUUGCUUACAAUUUCGGGUCCUGCUCGUGUGAACCCCUCACCCUAUCCUGUCGAGCAUGAUGUUGCACCUUCUUCAGCCCUUCCUCACUAAGAAUUUUUGGCAUUUUACCUAACUGCAAAAUGCUUAUACUCAGAUCUAAUAGAGAUGAAAUGAAAAAUUAACAGCCUCUUAGAGCGAUGUCUGGGUCUAUUGGCGAUAUAUAAGAGCUUUCUUUAGGCUGAGAAGUUUGCAAGCGCAAAAGAGGCACUAAUAUUUGUCUAGAUAAAAUCAAAUUAUAAAAUGAAAUGAAGUGUACAUAGCAUUUGCUAACUAGGUUUAUUUUUCUUGAACAACUCAUAACUGAAAGGUAUUCAGCGAAAAGAAUGUCUGUAAUGACAUUGGUUCUCUUGAUUGCAAUUUGAUUGUAAUCCCUUAUGCCCCAUUCACUUUGCUCAA